UCAUAAUGAUGUUUAAUGUGGUGUUGUUGGCUUAAGUUCAGAUACUGUGUGUUUGCCAAGUGCAUUUGACCAAUGAUAUCACACCGACACUGCAGACACCCUCUGUGAAGCAUAUAAAAGAAAGUGGCUUUUCAACUGUCUCUGAAAGAUUCUUGAUAACAUACAACAGUACAGAUCACGUACUCCAAAGACUUAGACAGAGACUCUGACGCCAACAUGCUCUUGUUCCUCUUCUUGUUUGGUCUGGCUCUGGGUGCCGUGUCUCCUUCUGAGGAACAUGAAGUGAAGCUACAGCGUGGCAGCUGUCCCAUGUUCUGGUACAGCUUCAACAACCGCUGCUACAAGUACGUCGCCACGGACAUGACCUGGGCUGAUGCAGAGCUCCACUGUGUCUCAGAGGGAGCCAACCUGGUGUCUAUCCACAGUCUGGAUGAAGAGAACUUUGUCAAAUCCCUGAUCAAAAACUUUGACCACACUGAGGGACGCACCUGGAUCGAACUCAGUGACAUCCACAAAGAAGGCGCAUGGAUGUGGUCUGAUGGGUCUGCAUUCAACUUUCAUUUUUGGAGAACAGGAGAACCAAACAACAAAGGAGGACAUGAAAACUGCGUUCAAAACAGCUUCAGUAACGAUCUGAAAUGGAAUGACCUUCCAUGUUCUGAUAUUUCUCCCUCUGUUUGUGCAUCUGGUAUAUCCUCCUUAACACCUGAGAUGUUACACAUAUCUGAUUGAAACUGGUCACUGCUCACCUGUUGCUCUGUUGACAUGCAUUUGGCCUCCUCAAUAAAGACACAAAUGUAAACUUA